CCUGUCCCGGAAUCUGGGGAGAGGGGACACGGGACCGGGGGUGAGGACACAGGGACCCAGCGGUGACAUCCCCCGAUGUCCCCACCCCUCGCUUUUCCAGCCCCCCGGGGUGCCCCGCCCCAUUGCCCCCGGGAUGUCUGUCACCUCCUGCCACCCGGUGUCACCUCCUGCCACCCGGUGUCACCACAGGCGCCGCCGCCGCCUGGAUUUCCCCCGGAUGUGCGCCCAGAUGUGCCCCCCCCCGCCCCGUUCUCCCACUGCCACCUUGCCGUGAGUGACAGCCCUGUGGAAGGACACAGGAGCCAUGUCCCGGCGGCGCUGAGCCACGUCAUCGUCGCCGUCCCCGUCACCGCCAUGGGGAGCAUCUACAAGGAAUAUUUCAACCGCGACAAGAUCCGCGAGCACUACAACUUCACCAAGGGCGACGGCGAGAGCGCGGCGCCCUCGCGCUGGGUGGGCUCCGUCCUCAUCGUCGUCCUCUGCUGCGUCAUCGUGCUGGAGAACCUGCUGGUGCUGGUGUCCAUCUGCCGCAACAAGCGCCUGCACCUGGCCAUGUACAUCUUCAUCGGCAACCUGGCGGCCUCGGACCUGCUGGCCGGCACGGCCUUCAUGGUCAACACGCUGCUGUCGGGCAGCACCACCUUCAGCCUGACGCCCGUGCAGUGGUUCGUGCGCGAGGGCACGGCCUUCGCCACGCUGGCCGCCUCGGUGUUCAGCCUGCUGGCCAUCGCCAUCGAGCGGCACGUGGCCAUCACCAAGGUGAAGGUGUACAGCAGCGACAAGAACUGCCGCAUGGUGCUGCUGAUCGGCGCCUGCUGGGUGAUCGCCGGCGCCAUCGGCAGCCUGCCCAUCAUGGGCUGGAACUGCAUCAGCGACCUGGGCGACUGCUCCACCGUGCUGCCGCUCUACUCCAAGCGCUACGUGCUCUUCGUCACCACCAUCUUCACGCUCAUCCUCAUGGCCAUCGUGGGGCUCUACACGCGCAUCUACUGCAUCGUCCGCUCCAGCCACGCCGAGAUCGCCUCGGCGCAGACGCUGGCCUUGCUCAAGACCGUCACCAUCGUGCUGGGCGCCUUCAUCGUCUGCUGGCUGCCCGCCUUCAUCAUCCUCCUGAUGGACGCCUCGUGCCCCGUGCGCGCCUGCCGGGUGCUCUACAGCGCCAAUUAUUUCUUCGCCUUCGCCACGCUCAACUCGGCGGCCAACCCGGUGAUCUACAUGCUGCGCAGCAAGGACAUGCGCGGCGAGUUCCUGCGCGUGCUCUGCUGCUGCGGCCGCGCCCGCCGCGGGCAGCCCCCCGGCCGGGCGGGGGUCCCGCUGCGCACGUCCAGCUCGCUGGACAGGGGCCCGGCCGGCCCCGCGGCCGAGCUGCCCACGGCGCCGCUGACCCGCGAGUGCACCACGUCCGUGUGAGGGUGGGCGCGGGCUGGGGGCCAUGCUGGGGUGACAGGGGGGUUCGUGGGCAGGGGUGUCCUCUGGGGGGUCAGGGGACGUGGCGUGGACACCCUGUGGACACCCCAUGGUCACCCCAUGGUCACCCUGGGGACACCCCGUGGACACCCCAUGGACACCCCAUGGUCACCCCAUGGCCACCCCGUGGACACCCCAUGGACACCCCGUGGUCACCCCAUGGCCACCCUGGGGACACCCCGUGGCCACCCCCCGGUGGACGACCCAUGGCUUCAUGGACAUCCUGUGGAUACCCCACGGCCUCAGGGCCACCCUGUGGAUCUCCACGGACACCCCACGGCCUCGUGGACACCCCAGGGCCACCCUGUGGACACCCCAUUGCCACCCUAGGGCCACCCUGGGGACACCCCAUGGCCACCCUGGGGACAGCCCAAGGUCACCCCAUGGCCUCCUCGAGGCCACCCCGCGGCCCCAGGGCCGCCCCACGGUACGAGCGGAGCGGUUCCCCCGUGGUUCCCCCGCGGUUCCCCAGGUACGGAUGCACACCUGGCCCCCCCCGGGGCUCUCCCCGUUGUCCCCGUCCCCGCCGGCGCUCCGUGUGCCCGGACACGCGUGGGGCCCUUCCCACGCCCUGCCCGAGCCCCGGGGCCGCCGCCGGACCUGUCGGGCGAGUCCUGGGGCCCCUCCCGUGCCCGUGGGCGGCUCCCGCCGCGUUCCCACCGGGACAGACCGGGAUCGGCCCGGGGGGGCUCCGGGGACCCCCGAAAUCCGGGAUUUCCCCCCGCGCUGGUGCGCGGGGCCGGGGGCUCAUCCCAGUGCGGCCGGAUCCGCCGGGAUCCCCCCCGAAAUCCCCGGGAUUUGCCCCAAAAUGCUCCUCCCGUUGUAUUAAACGAUUUUUUUUUUUC